CAUUUCCCAAUAUUUCCACACUCCACACCUAAUUAACUUCUAACUACCUUCAUUUUUUCUCUCUGCAGAUCAUUGAGAACACAAAUGGAUUUUGCCAAUUCUCCGGUGUAAAUAGCCACCGCCUCCUCCACCGCCGCAGCCGCCCUGUCUGAUCUUAUCUCCGCCGUAUAAGUAACCACUAGAAUUUCAUUCACACAUGCGCACAAAUUCAAUGAUUAUAUAUUUAGGAAGAUGUGCAGUGAUUGUAGCUAGCGUACCUGCUUGAUUGUAUUGAUUUUUUUGCGGAAGCGAGAUUCAGUUGUGUUGUAGAUGUCGAGAGUUAUGGCGGAAACCGCGUCGUUGUCGCCGCCGGCGCCGCCUGGCGGUGGCGGUUCGUGUGGAAGGAAUGAAGUGACGGUGGAGAUGUCUGGUGUUAUGGAUUCGCCGUCGUCGGCGGCGUCGUACACGACGCUCGGUCACCUUCUCAAAUGUGUAAGCGACGUGCGGAAGGAGGUGACCGGAGAUGAGACGCCGGCGCACGCGGCGUUGGAUAUGAGCAGCUCUGUCGCCGAUCGGCCGCUCACGUUUGUUCUCUCUUUCAGUGACCUCACUUACAGCGUGAGAAUCCGUCGCAAGGUUUCUCUACCAGGAUUUUCUCGCCGUCGUGGUGUGGAGGAUAAUCGAGGCGCCGGAGAAACCGGUUCGUCGAAAACUCUCCUCAAUAAUAUCUCCGGCGAGGCGCGUGAUGGAGAAAUCAUGGCGGUUAUGGGAGCUUCUGGCUCGGGAAAAUCCACUCUCAUCGACGCUCUGGCCAAUCGAAUCGCGAAGGAAAGCUUGAAAGGAUCGAUUACGCUCAACGGCGAGCGAUUGGAGUCUCGGUUGCAGAAAAUCAUCUCGGCGUAUGUAAUGCAGGACGAUCUUCUCUUCCCGAUGCUCACCGUCGAAGAAACGCUAACAUUCGCCGCCGACAUCAGACUGCCGAGAAAUCUCUCCAGAUCUAAGAAGAAAGCUCGAGUGCAAGCUCUUAUCGAUCAGCUAGGCCUACGCAACGCCGCGAGGACUGUAAUCGGAGAUGAAGGUCGCCGAGGAGUCUCCGGCGGCGAAAGGCGGCGCGUGUCGAUCGGAAUCGACAUUAUUCAUGAUCCGAUCCUGCUGUUCCUCGACGAACCGACAUCUGGUCUCGAUUCCACUAGCGCCUUUAUGCUGAUCAAAGUACUGCAGAGAAUUGCACAGAAUGGAAGCAUAGUUAUAGCGUCCGUACACCAGCCUAGUAACAGAAUCCUUGGUUUGUUAGACCGUAUCAUUUUCCUGUCGCGUGGGAAUACUGUCUACAGUGGCUCUCCCUCCGGUUUGUCCAGUUUCUUCUCCGCCUUCGGAAAACCGAUCCCCGCCGGCGAGAAUCGGGCGGAAUUCGCCAUGGAUUUGAUUCGAGAGCUCGAAUCGUCUCCCGGCGGCACCAAAAGUUUAGAAGAAUUCCACAGGUCAUGGGAGGGAUUAAAGAAAGGAAGUCCAGACCAAUCAACAACAACAAAAUCCCCAAAUAUGUCUCUGAAGGAAGCCAUAAGCGCCGGAAUCUCCAGAGGAAAGCUAGUCUCCGGCGUAACAGCGGCCUCCGCCGGCGGCGGAGCCAAUCCUGCAUCCAGCGUCCCCAACUUCGCAAAUCCGCCAUGGGUGGAGCUAACAGUACUGUCUAAAAGAUCUCUUCUGAACUUCAUCCGUACGCCGGAGCUCUUCGGCAUCCGGCUCGCCGUCGUGAUGGUCACCGGAUUCCUCCUCGCCACCGUCUUCUGGAAACUCGACGACUCCCCGAAAGGAGUCCAGGAGCGGCUCGGAUUCUUCGCGUUCGCCAUGUCCACGACCUUCUACAGCUGCGCCGACACUCUGCCGGUGUUCCUCCAGGAGCGGUACAUCUUCAUGAGAGAGACAGCUCACAACGCCUACCGGCGAUCCUCGUAUGUUCUCUCUCACUCUCUGGUCUCCUUCCCUCCUCUCAUCCUCCUCGCCGCCGCGUUCGCCGCCGUGACCUUCUGGUCCGUCGGCCUCGACGGCGGCUUCCUCUUCUACUUCCUCAUCAUCCUCGCCUCCUUCUGGGCGGGGAACUCGUUCGUGACCUUCCUCUCCGGCGUGAUCCCCCAGGUGAUGCUCGGGUACAUCAUCGCGGUGGCGAUGCUCGCCUACUUCCUCCUCUUCAGCGGUUUCUUCAUAAACCGCGACCGGAUUCCGGAUUACUGGAUCUGGUUCCACUACAUCUCGCUCGUGAAGUACCCCUACGAGGCGGUGCUGCAGAACGAGUUCGCCGGCGGCGAGUGCUUCGUCCGCGGCGUUCAGAUCUUCGACGGCACGCCGCUGGCGGCGGUGCCGGCGCCGCUGAAGGAGAAGCUUCUGGAGAAGAUGAGCGAGACGUUGGGGACGAAGAUCACGUUGAGCACGUGCGUGACGACGGGCGUUGAUAUCUUGCGACAGAAUAGCGUGACGGACCUCAGCAAAUGGGGCUGCUUCUGGGUUACGGUUGCCUGGGGAUUCUUCUUCAGGAUACUCUUCUAUUUGGCACUGCUCAUUGGCAGCAAGAACAAACGCCGUUAAUUAAUUAAACGGCGUUAAUUAAUUAAUAAUAAUAAUAUUAUUUAAAUAUUUCAAGAUUAUUAAUUUGGCGGGAAAACUUAUUUAAUAAUGAUAAUAAUAAUAUUAUAUAUAUAUAUAGAUAUAUACUUUCUCAUUUUAUUUUUUUGAUUAAUUAUUAUUGGAAGUAAGUGUGUCUAUAUUGUUGGCUUUUUUUAGUCGUGGAAUUAUACGACAAGUCUGAAUACUAUUAAGAGAAUAUAUGUCCGUGUUAUGCAAAUUUAAUACCUAAUUGAUGUUGAUUAUUGUUGUCACACAAAUUUUUUUAUGACAAUGGGUGCUGAUGUUGAAGAAAUUCAAUCAACUUGGAUCAAAGGCCAAAGCAUGCU